GUUUCGUUUGGGCCCCCUUUCUGUCUCUCUCUCUCACCCUCACUCUCUCUUCAACAGUUCUUUAAGUAUAUUUCGCUCUCUUCAUCGGCGUCUGCAACUGUGUCGUUCGCUUCUCAAAACCCUAAUCUUUCUCUGCCUUUGAAGGCCAAAACCCUAACCUUUGCUCUUGAGCCUUGCUAGCCUCUGGGGUUCAGAAUCAGAGACUAUGAUUAGCGUCGAGGAGGUAAGCUUAAUCGUUAUUAAUGGCUGACGAUAAUCUCUGAAAAGAUCGCAAUAAAAAGGGAAACUAAAAUAGAUGCAAAGGAUUCAUUCGAUAAGGUCGUUUUCAGGCUGAAUUACGCCCCUGGCGAUGGAGUCAGCCUCCAUUGCGGUGGCCAUCGAUGCUGUGUCUCUCUCGGGUUUUGGGAAUGCUGUGAGUGGAGAUUCUGUUGUUGUUUCUGGCGAAGGUACUGGGAGUUCGAAGAAUAGCUGUGAUUAUUAUAGUGGUGAGAUCGAGGAGAUGGUGAUGGUAGCUAAGGGAGGUGAAAGUUUGGGUAGUGAUGAUCAGAAGGAGCAGAAUGGAGUGAAGUCCCCGUGGAAGAAACCGUUUGAUGUGAAGGGAGCCGAGGUUCCUGUCAUGGGAGCUAAAUCUUGGCCAGCUCUCGCUGAAGCUCGGCCGAAUUAUUCAGACGCUUCUCCAAAGCCGGCUGAUCUUGCUGCUGCUCAGACUGCGGAUAUUGUUCCCAUUCCACCUCCUGCGCAGGGAUCAAUUGGGCCCCCAAAGUCAGAUGGGUUGGUAAACACUAAUCCUUCCUAUAAGCAUGUGCCAGUGCAUCAUCAGAAAGCAGGAUCUAAGCGUAAUGGUCCUCCAAAUGGUGUACCCCCUUUUCCAGUUCCUUUACCUUAUCACCAACCACCAAUGCCACCUGUUUUCCAUACUUAUGUACCUGUACCGCACAUACCCGUUCAUGAGUAUGCUUACCAACCUGGUCCUGCACCAUUUCCAACCGUAGAACCUCGGAUGGGAAAAACUGGGAGUGAGCCCCCCAUGCAAGCUUUUGUUCCACCUGGUCAUGGUGGUGCUGUUGAAGCUAAUAGAAGUUUUCAGCCUCCUUUACGUGGAGAUCGUAAUGCAUAUUCUGGAAAUUUUGCAAAUAGACGACAGAAUAUACAGGAACCUGGUGGUCGUAUGAAUUAUACAUGGCGUCAUCAACGGGGGUUCAGUCCUAGAGACAACAUUAAUAUGCAACCAAAUCUAGGCCCAAGGGCUUUUAUAAGGCCGCCGCCUCCAUUUUUUCCAGCUCCAGGGUUCAUUAAUGGACCAGGAUUUCCUGGUGCUCCUGUGUACUAUCUUCCUGCUGCUCCACCAGAAUCAAUUAGGGGUCCCCCACCUCGAUUUAUUGCGCAUCCCCCUCAUCCUGGGUUUCCCAUCCCAGCACCUGAGACUGUAGCUUUGAGGACUAACCUAGUAAAACAAAUUGAGUAUUAUUUCAGUGAUGAAAAUUUGCAGAAGGACCCCUACUUGCUUUCCUUAAUGGAUGACCAAGGAUGGGUUUCAAUAUCCAAAAUUGCUGACUUUAAUAGGGUUAAGAAAAUGACGACAAAUAUACCUUUUAUUCUGGAUGCUCUCCAGAGCUCAAAUAGCAUAGAAGUGCAGGGUGACAAGAUACGGAAACGUGAUGACUGGUCAAAGUGGCUUGGUAGAAAUACACUAUCAUCAAAACCUCAGGCACAACAUGGCGAAGUUGAUGAGAAGGCUUCUGUUUCUAUGACAAGUAGUGAGUUAAAUGAUGGUACUAAUUGUAAUAAUAAUCAAGGCACUUUUGAGGUGACCGGGGAGUUUCCACCAACUGAUGAAAGCACGGUACAACACUCACCUUCAAAGAAAGAUACUUCAAAAGUAGGGAGGAGUUUUUCAGAAUGUGACAAUGAGAAGAUGCUGUCUUCUGGUGAAGCACGAAAAUUGGGUGGAGAAACUCGGGAUCCAAGUGGAGCAUUUAAUUGUGAGUUGACUUCAGAUAACAUAUUUUCUGAGCCUGCCACCAGUCAUUGCUGUAUGUCAGACAAGGAUUUGGCUAAUGGCAUCUCAGACAUAAAGAAUACCAGCACUGAUGGCUGUGUUAGCUCUGAAUCUUUCCAAGGAAAUGCAGGCCCUGUUAGUUUUGCCGAUCGUGAACAUCGAUGCAUGGAGGUGCUAUCAGAUUUGGGUACACACAAUAUGGGUGGCCGGUCAAGUUACUCUGUAAGUGAUCCUUCGGGAUAUGCAGGGGAACAGAGUACUUUCAUGCUUGACGAGGAACUUGAGUUGGAGCAGGCAACAAUCAGGAAAGAUCAUCUUUCAUCUAGUAGAAGUAGUGUUUCUGCGCAAAGGCUUGAUGAUGAUGAGGAUGAGAUGGAUGUUUAUGAUCAGGAUGUUCAGAGACUUAUAAUUGUCACCCAGAACAUUAGGGUGAGUGGAACUGACAAAACUGGACUAAGAGAAUCAAAACCCAUUUCGAAUGAGCUUGCUUCUGCAAUCAAUGAUGGCCUUUACUUUUAUGAGCAGGAAUUGAGAGCUAAAAGAUCUAACAAUCAAAGGAAUAACUCUGGGCUUGAUCAUGAGGAUGGAGAUUCCAAACCUACCAGUGCUGCACCUGGCUUACCAAGCUCAAAAGCUAGCAUAAAUACUGCUGGAAAUAAUGGUUCUGAAGAGCCUGGCCCUGCUAAUUCCCGGAGGAGGCAAAAUAAGGGAAUUAAUAAGCAACAAUCAUCCCAUAAACAACGCUUAUUUCCGAGCAAUUUUAGGAAUCAUGGGAAUGCUCGUAAUCGUCAUGGCAUCAUAUCAGAAAGUCCACCAAGUAAUUCAGUUGGGUUUUUCUUUGGGUCAACACCACCAGAAAGCCAAGGUACUCUGCCUUUGAAACUAAGUGGUUCACCUCAUGGGUUCCUUUCUGGUAGUAGUCCACCAGUGGGUUCUAUGCCAAAGCCCUUUCCACCAUUUCAGCAUCCAAGUCAUCAGCUUUUGGAAGAAAAUGGUUUCAGACAGCAAAAGUACCUGAAGUUCCACAAGCGUUGCCUAAACGAACGGAAAAGGUUGGGAAUUGGUUGCAGUGAGGAAAUGAAUACAUUGUACCGGUUCUGGUCAUUUUUCCUUAGAGACAUACUUUCCCCUUCUAUGUAUAAUGAGUUCCGGAAACUUGCCCUGGAAGAUGCAGCUGCUAAGUAUAAUUAUGGAUUAGAAUGCCUUUUCAGGUUUUACAGUUAUGGUUUGGAGAAGCAAUUUAGUGAAGACCUGUACAAGGAUUUUGAACAGCUCACCCUCGAAUUCUACAAUAAAGGAAAUCUUUAUGGCCUUGAAAAAUAUUGGGCAUUCCACCAUUAUCGUGAAGUACGCGACCGACAAGCCCCUUUAAAGAAGAACCCAGAAUUGGAUAGGUUGCUGAGGGAAGAAUACCGUAGCUUAGAUGACUUCCGUGCAAAAGAGAGAGCAGCUAGAGAUGCUAGUAGCAGUAACAGUAGCGGUCCUGCUGAUAGAGAUAAGGAGUCCUCAUAUAUUGUUCCAGGCAAAAACAGGUCUAACCUGGCAAGGGAACUGGAGUUGGCUGCACACUGAGCAAUACUAGUAGAAGAGUUCUGGAUUGAGAUGGUUCCACCUCUUUGGUGGUUGUGAACUGAGUUAAUUUUUGUUCUUGGUCUGCUUGACCCUUUAGAAUUUUUGCACAAAUUUUGAAGCCCUCAGCGAGCUUAGUGAGAUGGUGGGCAGAUUAUUCUCCUGCAGUUGUACAUAAGGGGAAAACAAAAAAGAGAAAAAAGAAGAGAAGAGAUUGGCUGUAUCUCGAAUUUUUUUAUUUGGCAAGGACCAAUAAUAGACUGGAAUUUGGCCAGGUCAGCUCUAUCUUGCUAUAAUUUAUUUAUUUAUGC